GAAUUUGGGAUUUCUGGCUGCUGCGAAUAUCGGAUCUCUUCUGCCAGCGUCCGAAACGCGAGAGUUAUAUAUAGAGUUUCUAAUUAACUACCUUGGAAGUUCUUGUCAGUAGUGGUUUUGGAUGUUUCUUCAUUAGACUAGAUUUUUUGUCAACCAACCUUCGAAAUGGGUUCCUGUGCCCCCGAGCAGCCCGAGCCUCAGAAUCUCUGGAUAGAGACUCCAUGCAUUCCUUCAGCACCUCUCUCACGAGCGGCAGGCUGCAAUAUAUUCCUCAAAUUAGAGAACCUCCAGCCAUCAGGGUCGUUUAAAUCGCGAGGUAUUGGGUACAUGAUGCAGCAGGCGAUGCUUGGGAAACACACCAGCAAUGUACACUUCUACUGCUCAUCCGGGGGCAAUGCGGGUCUGGCCUGCGCGACGGCUGCUGCGAUUCUGCGUCAGUCAUGCACUAUCGUCGUGCCCUUAACCACGAAAGCACAUAUGAUAGAUAAGAUGCGUUUGUUAGGCGCAAAAGUCCAUCAAGUAGGUUCUAACUGGGCCCUCGCCGACGCGCACAUGCGCUCAGAACUACUCGCGCAUGAUCCUGCCGGGGUCUACGUGCCGCCCUUCGACCACCCGGACAUCUGGGAAGGCGCGAGUACCAUCGUCGAUGAGCUCGUAAACCAGGUCAAGCCGUAUAACGUUUCGCAGAUAGACGGUAUUAUCUGCAACUGCGGUGGUGGCGGUCUCCUGAAUGGCAUAAUGACUGGAGUAGAGAAGAAUUUUCCCUCCCCUCACCAAAAAUCCAAACCCAAAGUCCUGGCCGUUGAGACCCUCGGCGCUGACAGUCUCAACGCAAGCGUCCUCGCAGGACACCUCGUGACCCUCCCCGCGAUAACUAGCAUCGCAACAAGCUUGGGCGCCACUCGCGUCUCCGAAGAGUCCUUCCGCUGGACCCAGGAAGCUUCUUACCUCUCAAGUCUCGUGGUAAGCGAUGCGGAGGCAGUAGCAGGCACGCUGCGGUUCGCGGAUGACGCCCGGAUGUUAGUAGAAGUCGCAUGCGGGGCGACUAUAGCCACGGUAUAUAACGGGGACUUGAGGCGGGUUCUAGGUGGAGAAGGAUUAACUGAUGAGGAGUGGAGGGGGAAGAAUGUGGUUGUGGUUGUGUGCGGAGGCUCGAAUGUUAGUUUAGAGGCAUUGAGGGCCUGGGAAGAGGAGUUUGGAGUUCGGGAGAUGGAUAUGUAUAGGAAGAGAUAACGCGAAUUUACUGGGAUAAGAAAAGCUAUGUAUUGACAUGUCUGGGAUGGUGGAAAUGCGAAAUGUGUGGUGUUUGGGGGGAACGAAGUGAAAAAGCAACUUGCUAUGAACC